AACGUUUUUAGUUUUUAAAAUAUUAAAAUGUAUCUACUGAAUAUUUUUAAGUGAAACCUUAAAUUCUUUAACUUCAGGUAAGUGUUGAAAAUGCAAGGGUUCCUGCUGUCUAUGGGUUCCAGCAAAUAUGAUAAAAACUGCCUAUCGUCUCCCUUUAUUUUGAAAGGAUGAUUUCCGGAAAUCGUUUGACUUCCGGAUGACGUAGACAAUGCGGAAGUUAUGUCAGUAAACAAAUGAGAUGUAAAAGGACCCUAGGAAGAAAAUCUGUAUUUCAAUAGUUUUUUUAAUGCGGGACAUGGCAGCAGCAGUAGCCGGGAGAGCUGACGGGGCUGCGGGUUGUCUUUGCGUCCUUUGCGGGUUACCUGCUGCUGGGAAGAGCACCCUGGCCAGCAGGAUUGUCUGUGCCGCUGCAGAACAAGGGUGGAGAGGAAUCGUGGUUCCGUAUGAUAACCUGAUCCCCGAGCAUGCAUUUAGGAUCAAAGGAGGAGAGGAUUCACAAGAUAUGCACACUGAAUGGAAGUCUCACAGACGAGCUGUGCUGCAGUGCAUCCAGCAGUUUUUGGAAGACCCUGAUGUGAGGAUGGAACAACAGAGCUGCUCUCUGAUCAACAACACAGCGUGGGAAAAAUGCAUUCAAUCUCUGACGUCUGAAAGCUUUCCAUCCGAUGAGGCGCCAUUUCUCUUUCUGUUAGACGACAACUUCUACUAUCCAAGCAUGAGAUAUGAAGUGUUUCAGCUCGCAAGAAAGUAUUCUCUUGGUUUCUGCCAAAUAUAUCUGCAGUGUGAUCUAGAAUCCUGCAUGCGGAGAAACCACAGCCGGUCUCAGCCCAUUCCUGCUGAUGUGAUGAUGGAGAUGGCAAAACGUUUGGAGCCUCCAAAUCCAGAGAAGAACUCAUGGGAGACGCAAAGUCUGUCAAUCAACACUUCAAGCAAUUUAUCAAAAUGUGACAUCCAGAGAGUAAUGGACUUGAUCUCCUCAGCUUUAAAUAACCCGUUAAGUGCAGCUGAAGAUAACACUGAGCAAAAGUUGUACGCGUUGCAGGAAGCUGAUCGUCAAAAAUGUGCAAAUAGCGUGGUCCACCAGGCUGACCAGGCCUGUCGGCGCCUCAUUUCUGAAGCCAUGAAGACUGCCAAAGAUUAUCAGAUUACCUCUGAAGACAUGAGAUCAUUGGCCACGCAUCUGAAUGAAUCAAAAGCAGGACUUCUCCACCAUCUGCGCCAACAGUUGCUUCAGGAAGCCAUUUUUAUUCAAGGAGAGGAUCUCAAUGUAGACCUUAUAAAGAACAGAGCCGUCAGUAUUUUUAAUGAAAAUAAGAAAGAAAUCCUUGCAAAAUUCAUUAAAAAUCAGAUUUAAAAUGUCCUUCAAGAAUCGCAUCACAUGGGAUUUGUGAUGCUUCUGACACAUUUAAAUUCACAAUGCUUUUCCCUUAGAGAAUAAUAAUGCAAAACAAGACGGCUUCUUGCACCAGCAGUGUUUACCAUAGAAAAACACUAAAACUGGUUUAAUCUGAUUUAAAUAAACCACUGAAUGAAC